UGGUGGGUAUAGGGGUGGGCGCCAGUGUGGGGGGGUCAGUGUGUGCCCGGCGGCCGUCACAAGUGGCUUUAUACGAUGGCUUCCAAGAUCAUAAGGAAGGUCAUUUCCUCUCCCAAAGCCCCAGCGGCUAUUGGUCCUUACAGUCAAGCUGUGCAAGCAGGCAAUACCCUUUACAUCUCUGGCCAGCUUGGAAUGGACCCAAAAACCAUGAACUUGGUUAGUGACGAUGUUGUUGAACAGACUAAAACUGCCUUAAUCAACAUGGGGCAUAUUCUGGAGGAAGCUGGAUGCACCUACAAGCAUGUGGUGAAGACAACUGUGCUGUUAGCAGAUAUUGGUGACUUUGCAAAAGUGAAUGAAGUUUAUUCAACAUUUUUCUCCGAAGCUGUGCCAGCACGAGCAGCUUACCAGGUUGCCAAUUUGCCGAAGGGAGGACGUGUAGAGAUUGAGGCCAUUGCUGUAGUGGGGGAGUUGGACCACCAGUGACUGGUCUGCACGUAUACUGCUUGAAACAUUGGUGAAGAAAGCCAGAGUCAUAUAUUUAACAAAUGUUUCUAGAAAUUUACAAAAUGUGUUAUAGGAAACAGUAAUAUUGUAAUUGGCAGUGAAUUCCUCCACUAACCAAUGUGACUGUUUUGUUUUUAACAGUGUGUGUGGUCGAGAGAGAUUAUGCUAGUAAUUUUGCAUAAAGUAUGUUCACCCAA